UGGUUACCAAAGCUACAGAGUUUCAAACAUGAACUUUGGUUUUAGUUGUCAACUGGUAAAUUCAAUAUCUCGAUUGAGAUGGAUUAUUUACAAAUAACAGAUGGACAAUACACCAAAACAAUUUAUAUGAUGAUAAAAGAUGCGAGGUUCGAUGACGCCAUAAAGGCACUAAACGACGCAAGCAACUUUAACUCCAAUAGGGCCGGCCUAUCUCUACUGGGGUACUGCUAUUUCAGAACUCAGUCCUUCGUAGAGGCUGCAAACUGCUAUGAAAAACUAUCUGCCAUGCACCCAGAUGUACCCGAAUACAAACUGUACUUUGCACAAGCACUGUACGAAGCGUCGAUGUUUGACGAGGCCUACAAGAACACUUUACAAAUAACGGCGCCGGACUUAGAGAAGAAAGUCAUCAAACUACAAGCAGCUAUCAAAUAUGGAGAGGACGAUACUAUUACAGCGAAAGCAUUCGUGGAUUCGUUUCCGGGCGACGAUCCCGAGAAAGACAUAAAUCUUGGAUGUUUGCUGUACAAAGAGAAUCAGUUCGAAGAAGCGUUACAAAAGUUCUCAAGAAGUUUAAAUAUCUUGGGUUUCAACGCACAUCUUCACUACAAUGUAGCUUUAUGCUACUUCAGGCUGAAGGAGUAUCCUCAAGCCUUAAAGCAUAUUACUCUAGUUAUCGAAAGGGGCAUUAGAGAUCAUCCCGAAUUAGCAGUAGGAAUGCAGGCUGACACCUCGGAAGUGAAGUCGGUGGGUAACACCUUAACUCUGCACGAAACUGCCCUCACAGAGGUGUUUAAUCUGAAGGCGGCGAUUGAAUUUCAAUUAAAGAAUUAUGAAGCGGCAAGAGAAGCUCUAUCAGACAUGCCGCCUCGUCACGAGCACGAAUUGGACGCAAUAACUCUACAUAACAUAGCGUUGACAUCGAUAGAUACCAAACCGAACGACAGUUUUGAAAAGCUACACUUUUUGCUGCAGCUAGAUCCUUUCCCCUCUGAAACUUUCGCUAACUUGUUGCUUCUGUACUGUAAAUUCGAAUACUACGAUUUGGCUGCAGAUAUUUUAGCAGAGAACGCACAAUUUACUUACAAAUAUUUGACGCCGUAUUUGUACGACUAUUUAGAUGCUAUCAUAACGAGCCAAACCGCUCCAGAGGAAGCAUUUCAAAAGUACGAGGACAUCGCUUCAAAGCAUGCGGAGCAACUAAGAAAAUUGACGAAAGUGGUUCAAGACAGUCGAUCUCAGGGUGACAACGAUCAAGUGAAAAAGGCCGUCAUGGAGUACGAAGAAGCUUUAGAAAGAUACAUUCCAGUGGUAAUGGCUCAAGCUAAGAUAUAUUGGGACAUGGAGGAUUACAGCCAAGUCGAGAAGAUAUUUCGAAAGUCAGUGGAAUUCUGCAACGAAUCUGAUGUUUGGCGUCUAAACGUCGCCCACGUGCUGUUCAUGCAGGAAAAUAAGUACAAAGAAGCGGCAAAUUUUUAUGAACCCAUAGUCAAAAAGCAGUACGACAAUAUUUUAGAUGUCAGCGCUGUUGUUCUGGCAAAUUUGUGCGUCUCCUAUAUCAUGACCUCCCAAAACGAAGAAGCCGAAGAUAUAAUGCGCAAGAUAGAAAAAGAAGAGGAGCAGCAGAUUUUCGAGGACCCGCAGAAGAAGUUUUACCACUUGUGCAUCGUUAACUUGGUGAUUGGAACUCUCUAUUGCGCGAAGGGAAAUUACGAAUUCGGUAUAUCGAGAGUUAUAAAGUCUAUAGAGCCGUUCAAUAAGCGACUGGGCACAGAUACUUGGUACUACGCCAAGAGAUGUUUCCUAUCGUUUCUAGAAAAUCUUUCGAAACAUUUAAUCGUCGUGAAGGAUAACACUAUAAAGGAAUGUCUGCACUUUCUAGAGGGAUGCGAGACUUACGGCCGGCACGUGAGUACCGUCAUAGAGACUCCGAUCCACGAGGACGACGCCAACAACAAGGCCAAACAGACGGUCACGUACGAGGCAAGAUUGCUGCGCUAUAUGUUCUACAAGUUGAGGAGCAUCGACAGCUCUGUAACCAUUAACAAGUACGAAGAUUUAAAAUAAGUCACCUGAUGGAAUUUGUCUUUUGUUAGGUCCAGGUUUUCGUGCGUCUUUGUGCUUCAACACAAACGGCCUCUC